AUGCUUCCAGGAUCACACGGAAAAGCGGAGACCGGGCCGUCAUGCCAAGCUUCUCAGGUGGGGCCAAGUGAAGGCUGGGAGGGCCGACGACGAACCUCGGGAUCUGCAUUCCUACAAGACGAGCAAUCCGCGCAAGCACCUCUUGAACAACGAAUCGACUUCCUCAAAUCAAAGGGUCUUACCCAAGAAGAAGUAGAUGUAUCCCUCGCCCGCGCCGGCUUGGCCGCACCGGCAUCAAAUGUAGCGUACAGACAACCUCCGCAGCAAUACCAGCAACCAUACUAUAAUCAAGGUUACCCACCCCAAUGGCCUCCUCCGCAACCCCCGCAGCCGCAGCGAGACUGGCGAGAUUACUUCAUCGCUGCGAAUGUGAUGGGAAUCGUGGGCUACGCAAUGUACUGGACCGCGAAACGCUAUGUCUACCCUCUGAUCGCUCCCCCAACACCUCCGCAAUUAGAGGCAGACAAGAAGUCUAUGGAUGAUUCUUUUGAAAAAGCCUUCGCAUUACUGGACCAACUCUCCACUGACACGAGAGAGCUUAAGGAAGCAGAGUCUGAGCGAAAGUCACGUCUGGAUGCAGCUUUAGGGGAGGUGGAAGCUGUAGUGUCUCGCAUGAAGCAAGCGAAUGAAGAUCGCGAAAUGGAGUCGAAGAGAAUAGCAAGAGAAUUGGCCGAAGUCAGGGACAGCAUUCCAAGAGCAUUGGAGAAGGAAAGAGAACAGCAGGAUGGCAGGUUGAAGGACCUCGUAACGGAAAUGAAAAGCUUGAAGACGCUGGUUGGGAACAGAAUGCAAGGUGGCGGAGCACCACCAUCGCAAUCUCGAAUACCGCCAUCGUACUCUUCACAACCGCCAACGAAUGGACAUGUGCUUGGCAGUGGAGGCCCAGUCAAUGGCGUGAGUGCCGGUCAGCAAAGUGCACCGGUACCAGAGCAACCAGCUCGCGCGGAGACGACCAGCAGCACGAGCAACGGUUCAAGCACGACAUCUUCGCAGUCGAGCAAUAAUUCAAUGUCUGCCUUCUCCGCCACUUCCACGCAAGAGCGAUCGCAGACUCCUUAUAGCAGAUUGCUAGGUGGCAAGGCUGCCAUACCUAGCUGGCAACUCGCUGCCAAGAAGAAGACGGAGGAGGCGAAGGCGGAGAGCGGUGCCUCCACGCCAGUGACGGCCGCUGUGGAAUCGGGCACUGUCGUUGAUGUUGUCGACGGACAGUCAUAAACCAAGCAGCCAGAUGCAUGCAGUCGAACUAGCACGGACUUUAUAUAAGCAUUCAGUGGCACUGAAAGCGGUAUGUGUUAAUAUCAAAGAUGAUUCAGUGUGCU